CCUGCACAGUAACGACGACUUGGAAGAACACAAAGAAGGACAAGGACCGGGGGGACGACGACGAAGAGGGCGCGAAAGAUGGACGUAAACAAGGCCGUGUCGGCCUACGUCGAGCGCAUCGUCUCGAGCGUGGGCGGCAUGAAGGUCCUUCUCCUCGACGACGAGACGACGCCGAUUGUGUCCACGUCGCUCACCCAGUCGUCGCUGCUCCAGCACGAGGUCUACCUCACCGACCGCAUCGACAAUGCGCAGCGGGACCGGAUGCGCCACCUCAAGUGCCUCGUCCUCGUCCGGCCCUCUGCCUCGUCGCUCGAGGCCAUCGAGCGCGAGCUCAACCUCCCGCGCUACGGCUCCUACUCUCUCUACUUUACAAACACGCUCAAAAAGGCAGACAUUGAGCGUCUCGCCACGGCAGACGAGCACGACGUCGUGCAGGAGGUGCAGGAGUACUUUUGCGACUACGUGCCCAUCAAUAGGCCCCUGUUCAGCAUCAACUAUGCCACACCGCCCAACAGGCUCUGGGCGACGAAUGCGGCGACGUCGUCGGCCAGUGGCACGAGCAGAGGCGCUGGUCUGGGCGAGUGGGAUCCAGAGGCGCUCGAGAGACACACACAGGGGCUGCUGUCGGUGCUGCUCAGCCUCAAGAAGAAGCCGGUGAUCAGAUACGAGAGAAUGAGCGCGUUGGCAAAGAAGCUCGGCGAGGACGUCCUGUACAACAUCAACGAACCCUUGGCGUCGCUCUUUGACUUUCGACGCACAGACGCUGCGCCGCUGCUCCUCAUUCUCGAUCGUCGAAACGAUCCGGUGACCCCGCUGCUCUCCCAGUGGACCUACCAGGCCAUGGUACAUGAGCUCAUGGGCGGCAUCAACAACGGCCGCGUGUCGCUCGCCCAUGCCGAAGGCGUGCGGCCGGAGCUGCGGGAGAUUGUCCUGAGCGAGGACCAGGACCCGUUCUUUGCCACAAAUCUGUAUGACAACUUUGGUGAUCUCGGCGCCAGCAUCAAGCGCUACGUAGAGGAGUACCAGAAGCGGACGGCCAACAGCGCAUCGAUCGAGACAGUGGCCGACAUGAAGCGCUUCGUCGAGGCCUACCCGGAGUUCAGGAAGCUGGGCGGAAACGUGAGCAAGCACGUCGCCCUCCUCGGCGAGCUCAGUCGGCGCGUCGAGUCGGACCGGCUGCUCGAGGUGAGCGAGCUGGAGCAGAGCCUGGCGUCCAACGAGUCGCACGCCUCGGACCUCCGCAACGUGUACCGGCUACUCGACCUGCCCGACGUCAAGCCAGACGCAAAGCUGCGCCUGGCAUGCCUAUAUGCGCUGCGCUACCAAAAGUACUCGGGCAACCAGAUCAACCAGAUUGUCGCCAAGCUCCUCGAUGCCGGCAUGCCCGAGUCGCGCGCAGCGCUGGUCUUUGUCCUGCUCAACAUUGCAGGCGCCGAUCAGCGGCAGGACGACCUGUUUGCCAACGAAAACUUCUUCUCGAGGGGCAAGAGCGCACUGAAGGGCUUGAAGGGCGUCGAGAAUGUCUAUACACAGCACAGCCCGCACCUCGUGGAGACAAUCGAGGACCUCCUGAGAGGGCGCCUGAAGGAGACGAGCUAUCCCUUUAUUGGACCGGGAGGAACAGGUGCCGCGGGCGGCCUACACCAGAGGCCGCAGGACGUCAUCAUCUUUGUCGUCGGAGGAGCCACCUAUGAGGAGGCACGCACAAUCGCCCUCCUCAACGCACAGCACGACCACAGCGCCGCCUCGGGCACCGACACACCACCGGUGAAUGCGUCGGGCGCCGCAUCUGGCCUGGCCGGAGGGGGGAUCGGCGGCGCCUCGGGCCCAUCGACGAGAUUCCUGCUUGGCGGGACCUGCAUCCACUCCAGCUCCUCGUUCCUCGACAUGAUCCAGGACGUGGCCUCACGCCUGCCCUCGUCCUUUGCGCGCCCACCACCGACGUCCAACGCCGCAUCGGCCGCGUCGCAGCCGUCGCUCAACCUCUCCAUCGGACCCGUCCAGCUCAACGUCGGCGGCAGGCAGGCAGGCCAGCCCGGCGAGCAGGGCAGCUUCUUGGAUCCGGGAAGGAUGGGCGAAGCCGCAGAGGGAGCCAGAGAUCUUGCCAGAGGCCUCUUUGGGAGAGUCAGAGGCGCCGUGGACAGUCUAUCAUGAGAUGCAAUUCAUUUCUUUGCUCUAAAUUACCUCGUCUGAGCGAGAGAGAGGAUUGAAGCUC